AUGGACGCUCUCGAUGAACAGCAACGUGCAGCUAACGACUUGGCAGAAAAACUUUUCGAAAUCGAAGUGAAUUUGGGCAACCAAUUGAUGGAAAUUGCCUACGAUGACAGAGUGAAAUACAUCUACAAUCCGCUGGACUACGCAGCGGAGACUCAUCGAGAUUUCGUGAGAGCCGCCCUAGGGGUCAUCAAGCCACGAACGGGGAUCAAAAUAUUGUUCAUUGGUAUCAAUCCCGGACCCUACGGAAUGGCACAAAACGGCGUGCCAUUCGGAGACACGGACUUCGUCAGGGACUGGCUGGAGGUUCGCGGCAUAAUAAGAAAACCUUACCGCGAGCAUCCGAAACGACCGGUCGAGGGGUUCAAGUGCAAACAACGUGAAAUGUCGGGCAAGCGCUUCUGGUCACUAAUAAAAGAUCUCUGCGGGGGGAAAAGCGAACUUUUCUAUGAGUGUUGCAUCGUGUACAAUUUCUGUCCCUUGAGUUUCAUGGAGGAUAGCGCAAGGAAUAUCACACCGGAUCAGCUGCGAGGCGAAGCUAAGAAGCGACUCCUUGAAGCCUGCGACGAGGCGCUGCGGAAAGUUGUAGAACUUUUACAGCCAGAGAUGAUCGUCGGCGUCGGGAAAUUCGCUUAUGCUCGUGCCGCAGCAGCUUCUGAGUGGUUGACUUCACACAACUCUCAGGCUGGGGCCGUGAGAGUUUUCGAUAUACCGCAUCCCAGCCCGGCGAGCCCAGAAGCGAAUCAGGGAUGGGACAAGCUGGCCUUGCACAAAUUUGAUCAAGAAGGACUUCUGAAGCUGACAGGUUGGACAGUUUCUGACGACCGUCUGCAAGAAGCCGCGAAAGAAUCCGAACGUAUCAUACAAGCUAAAAAUAAUAGGUCUCCCGCGAAACGUCGUCGAACGGUUGACGGUGUCUCUUCCGAUGGAUCUCCGUCUCCUGAAAAGAGAAAAUCCAGAAAAGCCCAAAGCGUCGAGGACAGUCGACGUAAUUGCCCGAGUGUUCCUGGGGGCACGCAAUUCACCACCCCUGAGAACUCAGUUGAACGUUAUUUCGAAGCAGGGUAUCCGUCGUACGCCGUCACGGCACCGUCGAUUCCUCCGCCGACUUGGCCCUCUCAGUGGUCCAAUUCUCCGCAAGUGCCGAGCGGUUUUCCCAACUCUAAACCACCGCAAUGGAAUCCCAGUUCCCAAUUCAUGCUGCAGUCGCCGCCGCAAUGGAGCGGGGCUCCGUGGCCGGGUACUCCCGCGCCCGCGCACUCGGGUCAGUAUGAUUACUAUGCAGCGAGGUCCCUGUAUCAACAGCCGGCUCAUCAAGGUCUUGCGCAACCGUCUCAAAUACUCCCCCCGUCGCCGACUCUUUCGCCGUGGGGAUCCAACGUACCGUUAGCUGCCCAGAAUUCAACUCCAUGGCCUCUGAGCAGCUUCCAGCACUGA